UUACAACGCUCUCGAGUCGCAGCGUUUAAUUCAAACAAACAACUUUCAGCUCUAAAACUUUCGUUAGAGAAGAUGGCAUUGAUCCCAAGCUUCUUCGGCAGCUCUCGAAACAACAUCUUUGAUCCAUCUUGGGACCCGUUUAAGGACUUUACUUUCCCUUCAUUUUCCGCUCAUUUCCCUCAACAAAUCUCCUCUGCUUUGGUUGACACACGUGUGGACUGGAAGGAGACCCCAGAGGCCCACGUGUUCAAGGUCGAUCUUCCAGGGCUUAAGAAGGAGGAAGUGAAGGUGGAGAUUGAAGAUGACAGGGUGCUUCAAAUAAGUGGAGAGAGGAACAUAGAGAAGGAUGACAAGAACGACACUUGGCAUCGUCUAGAACGUAGCAGUGGCAAGUUCUCUAGGAGGUUCAGGUUGCCAGAGAAUGUGAAGAUGGAUCAGAUUAAGGCUUCUAUGGAGAAUGGAGUGCUCACUGUGACUGUUCCUAAAGUGGAGGUUAAGAAACCUGAUGUCAAGGCCAUUGAAAUUUCAGGUUAAAUUAUUGAUGGUCGUCUUGAUCAACUUCAAAAUGUCGUUUUUGUUUGUAUAAAACUUCCUUAUCUGGUUUGUGUUUAUGACAUUUAGAGACUUGG